CUCUAUAUAAACAUGAUGCCGGGGCAAUCGAUCACAAACUCUCCACGCCGCUGCACGCACAGGGCACAGCUAGCAGCAAUAAUGGAAGUAGUCGGCGGCGGCAGGCACUUCGUGCUGGUGCACGGCCUCUGCCACGGCGCGUGGUGCUGGUACAAGGUGGCCACCGCGCUGGAAUCCGCCGGCCACCGCGUGACGGCGCUGGACCUGGCAGCGGCGGGCGCGCACCCGGCGCGCCUGCACGAGGUGCGCUCCCUGGAGGACUACUCGCGCCCACUGCUGGACGCGGUCGCCGCGGCCCCCGACGGCGACAGGCUUGUCCUCGUCGGCCACAGCCACGGCGGCGUCAGCCUCGCGCUCGCCAUGGAGAGGUUCCCUAGCAAGGUCGCCACCGCCGUGUUCGUGGCCGCCGCGCUGCCGUGCGUCGGCAAGCACUUGGGUGUCACCCUCGACGAGUUCAUGAGAAGGAAUGCUUCCGAAGGGCUGCUCAUGGACUGCCAACAGGUGCCCAUCCCCGGCGUGGGGCAGCAAGGGACAGCGAUCGUGAUGGGUCCAAGGUAUAUGGAGGAGAAGUACUACCAGGAGAGCCCCGCGGAGGACCUGACCCUGGCGAAGCUGCUGGUGAGGCCCGGCAACCAGUUCAUGGACGACCCGCUGAUGAAGGACGCGGCGCUGCUCACGGCCGCCAACUACGGGUCCGUCAGGAAGGUGUUCGUGGUGGCCAAUGCCGACUGCUCCAGCACCGAGGAGAUGCAGCGCUGGAUGGUGGCCAUGAGCCCUGGCACGGAGGUCCACGAGAUCGCUGGCGCCGACCACGCCGUCAUGAACUCCAAGCCUGGGGAACUCUGCGACGUCCUUGGACGGGUAGCCAGCAGAUGCGGCUGAGAACAUGACGAUUGACGACGACGACUAUUGUUGCAGCUUGUAGUGUAGUAUUACACUACUAGUAGCACCUGUAUAUGUCAUGAACACUGCUUAUAUUAUUGAAUAAAUAAAAUGACUCGGGUUAUUUCGAAUUA